AACGUGUAUAGUAGAGGAAGAAAAAUGGGGGCUUCUGAAUCACAUGAAAAACUGCAAUCUCAACAGCCUCAGCCACAGUCACAACAUGUACAGCACCAACAGCCACAGCCACAGCUACAUGAACCCACCAGAAGAAGGGAAUCAUCGUUGCUGCCUCCUGAUCAAGGGAACACAAAAGCUUCCAAGGAUAGAACAAAGGCAGUAGUAGAUAAUAAUGCCACUAUGAUGCCAGUGAAAUCUUUGAAAGGACUACCGAUCCCACACAACUAUGAACAUAUACUGAAAAGUAAUGCAGAUUCACCAGUUGAUAAAUCUCUGUUGGAUAAGCUAUAUGCUGGGGUGUUCUUAGACCACAAAACAAAGAAAUAUUGGGUAGAGAAGAAGUCCAACGGCAACUGUUUCAUGCUGUACGCAAGAGCACUCUCAAUCACCUGGGCAGAAAAUCCAAACUAUUGGAAAUGGGUACAGCACAAAGAAGAAAGUGGCUCAAUGAUAGAGUUGGCUAAACUGAAAAUGGUAUGCUGGCUAGAAGUGAAUGGAAAAUUUGGCACUGGAAUGCUUUCACCUGGAAUUCUAUAUCAAGUGUCAUUUAUUGUAAUGUUGAAAGAUUCGGCUCAGGGGUGGGAACUUCCAAUAAAUGUUAGACUUGUCCUUCCUGGAGGAAAGAAACAACAACACAAGGAAAAUUUAAUGGAGAAGUCUAGGGAGAGCUGGAUAGAGAUUCUAGUAGGUGAGUUUGUGGCAUCUGAGAAAGAUGUUGGUGAGAUGGAGAUAUCUAUGUAUGAACAUGAAGGUGGCAUGUGGAAGACAGGGCUUGUCAUUGAAGGUGUUGCCAUCAAACCAAAGAACUAGGAAAUAGAAUAUAAGCUAUGAAACUCUCUUCUCUACCAUGUGCACAGAAGUAUCUCAUUCUCAUUAUCAUUUUUAUCUCUCUAAAUAGAAUAGAGCAACAUGGUGUGCGUCAAAAUUAAUAAUAAUAAUAAAAAAUAAAGAAGUUAGACUUAUGUUAAAAAUAAUAAAAAAAUACAAUCAUUUGAUUAAUAAAACAAAAACAAAAAGAAAACAAGAAAACGAAAAAAAAGAGAGUAGGUGACCUAUUUUUGCUGGCCUGCCCAUUUGGCUUAUGUAACUCCUUAUUAAUAUCCAUUUUUCAACUACUUCUUUACUUAGCUACCAAUUUUAUUAUUCCCGCUACUGUAUAUUUUUGCUAAUUUGUAAAUUAGAAUUUCAUUUUAUAUCUUCUUCUA